CAUAAGCACAGUCAGGGGUCAGACAGAGAGAAAGGCAUUCUCUAAAGCACGUAAACUUGAGAAUGGCUCCUUCAUUAUCCUCAACGUUCAGCUCCUCCUUACUGAAGUGGAUGGACAUCCAGGUGCUGCUGGUGUCCACCAUUGUCUUUCUGCUUCUAGCGGACAUCAUGCGGAGGCGCAGGCCAAAGACCUUUCCUCCAGGUCUACUGUGUUGGCCUGUCAUAGGCAACACAGUCACCAUUGACUUCAAGAAAGCCCAUCUGGAAAUGUGCCGGUCCCCAACCACCGGGCCGCGGCCCGGUACUAAAAAUAUCCCGAUAUUAUUUUUUAGCCAUAUCGCCCAGCCCUACGGGCACAUAGGCUCGUCUUGUGCUGGCCUCUUCAGCAUGUUGGUUCUGCUCCUGCUCUACAGCCUUGGCCUCCUUGCAAACGUCCGAGAACGUCAGAGUGGUAUUCCUCCGUAUCAGCUUUUGGAGCUCUGUCUGCAGGGGUCCUGGCCGAAGCCCUGCUACAAGCUGAGACUGCAACAUCUUGUCACAGUCAUCACCUUCCUCUUUACUCCGCCACCUGGCAAGACACUCACGCAGUCGCAAGCUAAAUGCCCCACCUCCUCUCCAUCUUGUUGCCUGCAGCUGGCUGAGGAGUAUGGGAAUAUCUACAGCCUUAAAACGAACUCCUCAUGGUCCGUGGUGCUGAACGGCUACAAGAUGGUGCGAGAAGCUUUGGUGACUCAAGGAGACACCAUGGCUGACCGGCCUGAGAGUGCACUUACAGUGGAGGUGUCCAACUGUCCUGGUGUUGUCACCAGCAAUGGAUAUUUAUGGAGACAACAGCGCAAGUUUGUCCUAUUUACCCUCAAGUAUUUCGGAGUCGGCAAGAAGUCUCUUGAGUCAGCCAUUUUAGAUGAGUUUAUUCAUCUAUCCAGAGAUAUUGAAGAACUUGAUGGUAAGCCAUUGAGAUUGAAAAGGAAUGACACAAAGAGCAAGGAGAAUGCAGCUGCUGGCUUCACCGAGGACAAUCUGAUCAUGUGCUCCCUGGACUUGUUUGUGGCCGGCUCCGAGACCACGUCCACCACCCUGCGCUGGAGCUUUCUCUACAUGGCCAAGUACCCGGAUGUCCAAGAAAAGGUCCAGGCUGAGACAGACAGAGUGAUUGGUCAGUCACGUCUUCCUACCAUGGCAGACAGGGCGGACAUGCCCUACACUGAUGCGGUCAUCCACGAGAUUCAGAGGAUCGGCAACAUCGCCCCACUGGGCCUGCCCCGGUAUACCACCAAAGAUGUGCAACUCGGCGACUACCUCAUCCCUAAGGGUACCGAGAUAAUAGCAAAUUUGACAUCAGUGAUGUUUGAUAAGGAAGAAUGGGAGACACCGCACACUUUUAACCCAGGACACUUCUUGAACAAGGAGGGGAAGUUUGUGAAAUCCUGCUUCAUCCCAUUCUCAGCAGGGAAAAGAGUGUGUCUCGGGGAAAGCCUAGCCAAGAUGGAGCUCUUUCUCUUCAUCACAUCCUUCCUGCAGCGGUAUACUUUUUCAGUGCCUGCCGGGGUGAAGCCUGUGAUGGAUUUCCGUUUUGGCAUAACCCUGGCACCCCAGCCACAUGAAAUAUGUGCCACGCCACGCCAUCUGUGAAUGGUAGCAGAGGGCAGACUAUAACUUUGGUUCUCUGUACCAUCUUCUAUUUGACUUUACUUGCUGAGAAAGGGCAUUGCAGCAGGGAGAUUAAUGCUGGGUAUUUUUUGUGGUUUUGGCGAAAAAAAAAAAAAACGUUUCAUUGUGCUUCAUUUUGAUCAGUGUUUAAAUUUCCAAUGGGUGGGUAUGCAACUGCACACACACAUACACACACACACAUUUUACUUUUUUAUUUGUGUUCACAUUUCAGAAUAAAUAUUAUAUAAGGACACGCAUUUGCAAGGUGCAAGGUGCAGGUGUAAAGUGGGGAUUUAUUGCCCCUUAGUGGUUAGAGUGUGUAGCAAUCCUUUUUAAAUUCAGUUUCAUGUUUUUUUAUUAUUAUUAUUUUAUUAUUUUAUACUAAAUGUUGAGCAUAAUUGACUCUCUCUAUGUAACAUUUAACAACUGAACAUACAGACAUUAGAUUAAAUGUAUGUGAAUGUACUGUGUUGAGAUUGAUUUUGUUUAGCCGUUGUUAUUGUUGUUGUUAAUGCUGUUUAGUUGAUGUGACUCAUCCAUUUUGUGGGGCAGCCGUGGCCUACUGGUUAGCGCUUCGGACUUCGGAGGGUUGCCGGUUCGAAC